AUGAAGGUCUCCCUGCUUCUCGCUUCAAUCUCCUUCAUCCUCCCAUCCCUCUCUCACCCGCUCGAAGAUCGCGAUGCCCCUCAGACAGUCCACUUAACCUUUUACGGUGGUCCCGCGUCUUACGAGAUGACAAUCCCCGCCGAUGGACAGGUGUAUCCCACCAACAAUGACAUCUCGGUCAACAUCAUCGACGCACCAGACUACAACGCCCUCUCCCAGUGCACCUUCUAUACAAACGGCGAGAAGGCUCUGGUCGGCGGCAUCACGCCUCAAGGUCUCCAACAGGUCAUCAUCGGGCCGCCGCAGCCCGUCACGGGCGUUAGCUGCCUCGGCGUCUGUGUCCCGACGUACGGGGAGUGUUAUGGUACCAAUGGGCAAUAUGUCGGGCCGUGUUGCAACGGCUUCUGCGCGGCGACGAGGUGCAGACCCUGGAUUCAGCCUUAUUAG